AUGGAUGAAAAGAUGGAUUCUUUUUACACUGAAGCUGCCAAAUCAUUUAAGGAGCUUUAUCAGCUAGAAUUCGCUCCUUCAAAUGAUCCGAAAUCCUCAGCAAUCUUCGCUAACAAAUACAAAAUUCGGGGAAUUCUUAUUGCUCAAGCUGAUAAAGCUAAGGCCCUUCUUGCAACGGGCAACCUUGAUGCUGCCCUUUUGUGGGGUUUUUUUACUGCCAAGCUAGCAAACAACUUUAUAGAAACGGAAGAACCACGUGUUGAGGCUAGAAACCGGCUUCUAGAAGUUGUUAAAUUUUGUGAAUCUCGCGUGGACUUGGAAACAAGGGAAGACUUACUCAAGUUUUCUGGUCUACUGCAAUAUGUCUACAAUUCUUUGGCUGUAGCCACUGAAGUGGACGCUAAAGAUGGAGAACAAUCUGCUCUGUUUUGGCUUGAAAAAGCAAAGAGCAUUUACGAAAAGUUCAAACUUAUGAUUGAUGAUUCAGAGAGACCGGAAUGCUGGGAGUCCCUUGCAAUGCUGACUACUCUUCUCGAACAAGAUUGCCUAGUAAAAGAAGUUUACGAAAACAAAUCAGAGAAGCAGAAAGCAGCAGAGUUCUGUCUGGAAACUCUGCGGAGACAGCUGCAAUUCUCGCCAGUGGUGGAUAAUCUCCUCAGCACCUAUGGCGUUGCGAACCAGAAGGAGAUUAGAGUGAAUAAGAGGGACUCUGUUGCAGUCUCUCCGUCUGAUUGGCUUGUCAGCAGCCUUCAACGUUUCGAUCCGAAGGACUGGGCAAAUAAUACGGCAGCAUUAAGUGAAUACUAUGUCGAAACUGAGGAAUUUGGAAAAGCUUUAGAAUGCCUAAUGACGGCAAGAACAGUGGUCUGUGAGAGUUUUCAAAAUGGGAAUAGCAGUGGCCUGGGCCACAAUCUAAAUGGAACAAAAUUAUGGGCUGACAUUUCCUGGCUGACGUCAGAGUAUUCUCUUGGACUUUUAGAAGGAGGAAGCAAGGUCAUACUCGGCUCAAGAUUUACGAUCGACCCAGAACUCGUUGACACCUCGCCAUCCUACGGCAAUCUCUUUAAUCAAGACACGACUAAGGCAUUGCAAGAAGCCUACGGUGAACCCAUCCAGGAUACAGGAUUGACGACGAUGAUAUCUGAACUAUCAAUAAUGCCGAAAGCCUAUCCAGCUGCGGCACGACUAUUCCGAUGGACUUGCAGAUCGCUUUCCGAAGCUUUGCUUUACUAUCGGCUGGAUGAACGUUGCACGGAGGCCAUUAAGUUAAUUAGAGCCCACGCUAGUGCAUAUGGCUUCCUGGCAACUUUUGAAGCGGAUCUUCCUCGUAAGUGCUGCAUGCAGAAACGAAGAGUUGAUCUUCUGGAGGAUCUUCUUGCUCAAUUAAAUCCACGAUUUUACAUGUUAGCUUGUCGCACUAUCAUGUCUGAAUGUGCCGAGGCAUUAACCGCUCUUCGAGACUUGAAUGAGGAGAAGAUGAAGAGAACCACAAUAAGAACAUCUCCCACUUCCUCUUUAUCCUCCACCAAUAUCGUUGCUGAACUAUCGAAACUAGCGAAAAAGGUGAAUGGAUUGGGUCUAAGAGCUCUGGAAAUGUAUAAGCGGCUGUUAGACUCCUUUCUGACACCAGCAAAUCAGAGAGAGCCGGACUUAUACGAGGAAGAAUGGCUUCCACAUGUUCUGAUGGCUCACUUCUACUCGGCACGACUGCACUCCAAGACGAUUGUAGCUGGAGCCCCAAGGAAUCGAGUUGAAAAGUUAAAUUUGGCAAUGAAAGCGUACGAAAAGAUGGUGGAGAUUGCGGACAAGCACGCGAGAAGUGGCUACAAGGUGGACAUGCCAGAGGUGGAGAUUGCGCGGGAGAUGACACAGCUGCUGGCAGGGCAGAUUGCAAGAACACCGUUGGAUGCAUGA